CAACUCAACCCAACCCAACUCAACUCAACCCAACCCACCUCAACCCAACCCACCUCAACCCAACCCAACCCAACUCAACAAAACUCACCACAACCCAACCCACCUCAGCCCAACCCACCUCAACUCAUCUCAACCCAACCCACCUCAACCCAACCCACCUCCACCCCACCCACCUCAACCCAACCCAACUUAACCCAACCCAACCCAACUCAAUCCACCUCAACCCAACCCAACUCAACCCAACCCAUCCCAACUCAACCCACCUCAAACCAGACCAUCUCAACCCAACCCACCUCAACCCAAUCCCACCUCAACUCAACUCAACCCAAGUCAUCUCAACCCAACCCACCUCAACCCAACCUACCUCAACCCAACCCACCUCAACCCAACCCACCUCAACCCAACCCACCU